AUGAGGCAUAUGGAAGUGAACCCUAUUGUCUCAGUUGUGGCUGAAGAGCCGGGACACAUACGCAAGUGUUUUACGUUUUUCAGCGAGCUCAAUCCUAAAUGGCGCCAGUUUCAGUUUAAUUUUAACGAGGUACUAUUAACCAUAACGCACAGCCGGUAUUGGUUCCCACCGAACCUCUACGACCAGCCGUCGGGCAAAAACAAAAUCCACUUUUCUCUCCACGCGGCCAACGCUACGCCCUAUGACUUGCGAUCGGAAAACUUUAUCAAGCUCAAAAUGAACCACCAAUACCAGGUUCAAUUCUCUACCAUUAAGACCGUACGACUACCGGCCCCAUACGAGACCAGGUGCCGCGAAUACGACCCUGAUGCUGUCCGACAACAGGAGCGCACGCGCAGUGACUGCCGAUACAAUACCAUUUCGGUCAGGGCACCCGUAUGUGCCCACAUCUGUUGUGCUGACUCGUGCGCACUCGUGGCCGACUACCGGUGCGAUGACGUCGAUCGGUGUGAACGCGAUUGUCAGACCUGUCUAUACGAUGUGGACAUUAAGGACAAGAAUAAACUCAUUGAUACCGAGCCCUGGGAUAAGGAGGUGUUCGUAGAGUUACAGCACAACCCACUGUUGGACCAGACGGUGACCCACGAGCCGGAAAUGUCCCCGAUUUCCUUCAUCGCUAAUAUGGGCGGUUUGAUUGGCAUGUGGUUAGGAUUGUCGGCAUAUAUUGUGCUAGAUACAUUAAUGAAAUUGUUGUAG